ACUCUCUCCCGCGCGAGCCGAGGCGCUUCUCGUCUCCACAGCGUGUCCUCAGACAUGCAGCCGCUGCGCGAUGAAGCGGACGAGGAGACGCCGCCCGCGUGACACCGCGACCGCAGUGGCCAUGGCGAUUAACCAUGCAGCUGGAGCCAGACGCACGCCGAACGCACGCCGUCUGAACGUGUCGACCGAGCGCGAGGGAGCCCAGCGGACCGCGUAACGCUCGCUGUUCCUUCUGAGUGGGAGGUGGCAACAAAAGACCAAAUGCCAUGGAUGUAUUCAAUUUCACAUAUCUGAAUGCCUCUGAAGGCAAUGACACAGAAGUUGCUGAAGAAAGCGAAAGCGCCUACAAGACUGUGGAGGUGGUGUUCAUCGUGCUGGUGGCCGGCUCGCUCAGCUUGGUUACAGUUAUCGGAAACAUCCUGGUCAUGCUCUCCAUCAAAGUUAACAGGAACUUGCAGACUGUCAACAACUAUUUUCUGUUCAGCCUUGCUUGCGCCGACCUGAUAAUCGGACUGUGCUCCAUGAACCUGUACACGGUGUACAUCGUGAUCGGCUACUGGCCCCUGGGGCCCGUGGUGUGCGACCUGUGGUUGGCCCUGGACUACGUGGUCAGCAACGCGUCCGUCAUGAAUCUUCUCAUCAUCAGCUUUGACAGAUACUUCUGUGUCACCAAGCCCCUCAGCUACCCCGUCAAAAGGACGACCAAAAUGGCGGGGAUGAUGAUUGCGGCGGCCUGGGUCCUCUCGUUCAUCCUCUGGGCGCCUGCCAUUCUCUUCUGGCAGUUCAUCGUCGGUGGGCGGACAGUGCCUGAAAAGGAGUGCUACAUCCAGUUCUUCUCCAACGCGGCCGUCACUUUCGGCACCGCCAUCGCCGCCUUUUACCUGCCCGUCAUCAUCAUGAUUCAGCUGUACUGGCAGAUCUCCAGAGCCAGCAAGAGCCGCGUGAAGAAGGAGAACCGCAAGCCGUCGGGCGCCAACCCCGAGCCGCUGUCGCCCGGCCAGAGGAGGAACAACACGCCCAAGCCCAACAACAACAACGUGCCGGGCGAGGACGCGGCGCAUUCGCACAACCAGAGCGCCGACGACGGCGCCAACCAGCACGACGGGAAGCUGCAGAACGGCAAGGGGCCUUCCUCCACCGCCGCCGACGGGGAGACCGAGGGGGACGAGGCCGGGAGGGAGAACUGCGCUCCCGGCGAGGAGAAGGAGAGCUCCAACGACUCCACGUCCGGCAGCGUGGCGGCCUCCAACCCCAAGGACGAGGACCCGGCGCCGUCCACCGCCAACUCCAGCGCCGACGCCGGCCCGCCGCUGCCGCGCCAGCGGGCCAAGGCGGGGGGCUCCAAGCUCACCUGCAUCAAGAUCAAGACCAAAUCUCCCAAGGGCGACUGCUACACGCCGUCCAACGCCACGGUGGAGAUCGUCCCCACCACGGAGAGGCAGAACCACGUGGCGCGCAAGAUCGUCAAGAUGACCAAGCAGCCCCCCAACAAGAAGAAGAAGGCGGCGCCGUCAAGGGAGAAGAAGGUGACCCGCACCAUCAUGGCCAUCCUGGUGGCGUUCGUCGCCACCUGGACGCCGUACAACGUGAUGGUGCUCAUCAACACCUUCUGCUCCAGCUGCAUCCCCAACACUGUGUGGACAAUCGGCUACUGGCUGUGCUACAUCAACAGCACCAUCAACCCCGCCUGCUACGCCCUCUGCAACGUCACCUUCAAGAAGACGUUCAAGCACCUCCUGCUCUGCCAGUACAAAAACAUUCGCUCGGCCAGAUAAACCG